AUGUCUCGCUCUUUCUAUGUCGAUUCAUUGAUUUUAAAUCAGCCACCUUCGAGCGAGAGGGACCACCCCCGUACCCCUCCGUCCAUGCAUCAUCGUAACGGGGAACCGAAAGCCCUCCGAUGCUACCAGACCCACACCGACACCGUCCCCACCUGCCCUAUCUGCGUCCGGGACCAAGCACAGGCAACCUGCGGUAGACUGCCGGGGAUGCCGCCUACUUCAGGUGUGACGGUCUUCAAGUCCCCGUUGAACCUCCCGCCACACUCCACCAGUGGACACCGAGUGUUACCCGCCAGACCGUACCUAGACUCGUACCGGGACCAUCACCUUCACCCGGCCUCGCUGGGGCUUCCCCCUCCCCAUGGUCUGAGCCAGCACACACCUCCGACUUCGCACUCCUCGUACAGACCAACAAUAGACCCGAGGAGACUUCAGUACCUUCCAAUGGCUUUGGAGCAUUCGGGAUUAGACCAAGAUCACCUCUCCAGCAGCAAGAGGAUCCGAACAGCCUUCACGAGCACGCAACUUCUCGAGCUCGAACGAGAGUUCGCCUCCAACAUGUACCUCUCGCGCCUGCGCAGAAUCGAGAUCGCCACCUAUCUCAAUCUGUCUGAGAAACAGGUGAAAAUCUGGUUCCAGAACCGCCGAGUCAAGUACAAGAAGGAGACCAAGGUCCAGUCACGUGACUGCAAGUGCCAGAGGAUGACGUCAUCGCGGACCAAUGGGAGCAGCGCCAGCAGUAGAAGUCACUCCUCGUCGCCGGGAAGUUCCACGCAUGCGCAGAGUGAACCCGAGGACAAAAGACAGGACCGCGACUGA